AUGGUAUUGCAGAAGGACGCAAACACUGUCGCAGGGAACAGCAGAAACAAACAUGCUCGCUCGCCCAGACUGGUCUACAUUUACACACAGUCCUGUCCAGUCUCAUCUCACGCAGUCAGUCUCAUCUCACGCAGUCAGUCUCAUCUCACCCAAAUGUACAGUUCUUCACCACCAACGAAAACAUCGCUGGUGUCGUGGUGGAAGACGUUCAAAAUGAGACCCAAGGACCAUCCGGAUCUCGCAACGUCUCCCACCACGCAGAUGCUAGCACCCCCAGGCAUGCCCCAGGGCUCGCUGUCUCCAGGCCCCACCGGUAUGCUGGAGCGGCCCAAGCUGCCACACAUGAGCCGUUCCAACGGAGAAUGGUCGUCCUACAACGCCGCAACGGCCCUCGACGAGGAGCUAGAGGAGUCCGUCAUCUUCGGCGUACCUCUCGCCAGCUCCAUCCAGUACGCCAACGUUUCCAUCUCUUUGACGGACCCCAACGGCGAACAGUUCAUCUACGGUCACAUUCCUAUCGUCGUGGCCAAAUGUGGCGUGUAUCUCAAGGAGCACGCCACCGGAGUGGAGGGAAUUUUCCGGGUAUCUGGAUCCGCCAAGCGAAUGCGUGACCUCCAGAGACUCUUCAACACGCCUCCCCGAUAUGGCAAGGGGCUGGACUGGUCGGGGUUCAACGUACACGACGCUGCCAACGUGCUGAGACGAUAUCUCAACCAUCUACCUGAACCGAUCGUGCCUCUGGAGUUCUACGAGCAGUUCCGAAAGCCCCUGCGAAACUCGCCGUCGAUUCUCGAGUACAUUGAGAACAAGAGCCCUGCGCCCAACGCAGGUGCAGGAGGAGGAGGAGCCGGGGCUGAGGCCUCCGCUGGAGACGGCAGUGCUGCAAACCCUACGGCAUCGACAACAUCGGUGGUGGCUUCCGAGCACAAUGCGUCCGUGGCUUCGCUGACGUCGCUCGAGUCUACCACCACGUCCAUGCAGGCGUCCACCACCAAUCUGUCGCUGGACGACCCACUGCACACCGAGAUUGUGCAGACCGUUGCGGUGUACCAGGACCUGAUCGCGCGGCUUCCUAACCUCAACCGGCAGCUGCUCAUGUACAUUCUGGACCUGCUUGCCGUGUUUGCAUCCAAGAGCGAGGAGAACCUCAUGCCUGCACCCAAUCUGGCAGCCAUCUUCCAACCGUCCAUUCUGUUCCACCCGGACCACGACAUGAUGCCGCGCGAGUACCGGCUAUCACGAUCGGUUAUUGAAUUUAUGAUUGAGCACAGCAACAAGUUCUUGUCGACAAUCGAGACCAUUGCGCGGGAGGAGCAUGCGCGAAACAAGGAGCUGGGUAUCAAGCCCAUGGCCCCCUCCCCCCAGGUGUCUGUUACCUCUACGAUUGCAGGCCAGGAAGCUGCUGCUGCUGCCGGAUCUAGUGGCGGUUCUUCCUCUACCUCUUCUGGACUCAUGCCUCCCGGACGACGACACUCCAAGUCCAUGUCCUCCGUGAAUGCUCCUCCUGCCGCUGGUCCAGCAUCGACGCCAGUGCACGUACAGGCAGUGCCGCAACAGCCUCGUGAACAGCUCGUGGUGCGAAAGCCCCGUGAGAGCGACAGGGUCAAGGAAGAUGCUGUCGCUGCCGCUGCGGCGGCUACCCCUGAAAAGGGCGGUUUGCUAAACACCAUCAAGCGGGCAUCGUCCCUGUCGCGACGGCCCUCGCAGCGACGCACGUCAUCAAACUCGUCGCAAACCAGCGAGUUGCAACGCUCGUCGACAAUCAACAGGGGGUACAGAAAGAGCAGCGUCAAGAGCGACGAGAGCGCCCAAGGCGUGAUCCCCACAUCUGCGCCGGCGUCGAUCGCCUCUGUGGCUGUGCCUGCAGCCCCGACAGCGUCUAUGUCUAUGCAGUCACCUGCUCCCAGCAUACAGAUCAACCAGAUUCCCCAUUCCGAGCAGGCCACUGCUUCUAUCCCAGGCCCUUCUGCUGAAACCGGACCCAGCAGCAUUGCUAGCUCUGCUGCUACGCCCGCAGGCACACCCGCAGGCACACCCACUGUAGCAGCAGCGGCAGCCGCUCCUCUGUCGACAGCCUCUCCGCGAGUGCUGUCGCCGUCCACGGAGCCCAAAUCCUUCCUCGGCGUGUCCGAUGAGGGUGAGCAUCCCGGCCGGAUGUCGCGGCGAUCGUCACACGAAAAGUCUGGGUCGCCGCGGUUCAGGGUGCUGGGCAACGUCUUCGGCCACAGCAACGACAGCGCCAGCUCGCUCAGCGGAAUGACGCGGUCAGUGUCGUCGUCCAGUAUCGAUGGUGACGGCGUGGGAGCCGAGGAGCGACCCAAGAGCCGAUGGCGACGGUCGUUCAUCUUCAUGCAGCCCAACAACUCCAACCCAGCGAUUGAUGACCCCAACUUUGCUGCGCCCCCCGUCCGAUCUCCAGGUGAGGUGUCGAUGGAUGAUUAUUCAAUGUCCCCCUCGAAGCUGUCGUUUUUCAAGCGAAUGCGAAGCCGAGAAAGGGGCAGCCAGGACGUUGAGCGUCCUUCCAGCAGUGCAGAUGCAACGGAGCCUCCUACUCCUCCCUCUGCUACUGCGGUUCAAGCGGCGGCGGCGGCAGCAGCAGCAGCAGGUGGACACGGACAUGGCCACGAGGAGAAGCGUGCUCCUGUGGUAAAGAAGCCCGUUUCCUCACCUGCAUCAACAUCUCCUACGGCCACUACACACACAGCGACGUCUACGGCGUCUCCUGCUCCUUCCGCAGUGAAGAAGGUGCCUGUUCCAAGUGCUGGUCAGGGACACGGGCACGUGGUGCAGGGCCAUGUUGUCCAGGGACAGCCCGUCCAGGGACAGGCAAGUCCCGCGGCCCAGGUCCAGCCCCAGAUCGCUAUUCCUGUCGAGGCUCACAGUGCACACACCCAAGCCCCAUCACAAGCGCAACCACAAGCGACGGUUUCAAAGACUGGAGCACCAGCGUCGGCAUCGGCAUCGGCGCCAGCUCCUGGGCCAGCUCCAGCUGCUGCUGCUGCUGCUGGUACUGCGCAGCCUGUCGCACCUCUCCAGACGAUUCAGUCCAUGAUUGAGCCUGAGAUCGGGGAAUCCGCGGCGACCUCGACGGCGGCUACUGCCCAAUCCACUCCCGCUACAUCCAGCUAG